AAAAAAAUGGACUGCAGAAAACACAAGCACCAAGGGGAGAGUGGAGUAUGCCCUUCUUGUUUACGAGAUAAACUCUCUCGCCUCCCCAAUACGACGACGUCUCACUACUUCAUUAACCACCGAUCGAAUCACUCAUCCACCACCACCACAACCGUCUCGUCUUCUCCCUCGGCGGUUAAGGAACAUCACCGGAGAGCUGGUUCGAUGUCGAUGACGUUCGCGGUGAGUGGUAAUCUGAUUGAAGGAUUGAAGAAGAGCAGAUCUAUGGCUCAUGCUCCGAGUGGUGAUUCGUAUGUCGUUAGUGGUUCGAAGAAGACGACGGUGAAGAAGAAGAAGAGUGGUUUUUGGAGGAAGUUGCUUCAUCUGAGAGGGAGAGGCGGUGGUGGUGACGUCGGAGGGUUGGUUACUACUUCACGGCAACGCGUGUUUUAACUAAUUGACGUUUUGUUCACUCAGAUAUUUUUCUUUUUUUGUGAUUUGUGUACAGUUACAGAUAAAAAAAAGGGUCUAAUGGUGGAAAAUUAAUGAUUUUUCUGAUAGUAUGAAAAUGUUUCUUUUACAAUUUCAGUUUGACUAAAGAAAAGCUACCAAUCCGUGAUUUUUAAUCAUAUAUUUAUUUUUAUAUUUUUUUGCAAUCUCAUUCACGUGUUAUUUUUAUUUUGUGCUAAAGCAUAAUCGAAUUUCUAUCC